AUGUCUUCGCUGAAUCAACCAUGGGCCCUGCCACCUGCUGAGCCCUGGCUACCCCGCAACGCAACAGCAGAGGAGGUCCGGGGUACGGCCGGCCACAACAUGAUACAAUCAUCACCCAGAAAAAAGGCUCUCGUUCUUGCCGAGAAAUACGUAAGCUGGGUACAUGUCCCAGCGAAUGAGCAGAUGCGCGUCCACGACCGUGUGAACGAGAAGCUAGCAGAUGAGGAGAUUCCGAAAGUGGGAGAGGACAUGCUCAGGUGGCGCAUGGGUUAUUGUAUUCGCGACCGAGUUAGAUUCUUGAGGGGUUCGAGACAUCGAGCCCCAGCGCGCGACAGGGAGCCUGCUACGUCUGGUCAAAGCACAGUUCAGCCGUAUGAUCCAAUUAAGGAUGUCUGA